GAAUCUUCAACGAAAACGCGAAGACGACGAAGAAAGCUACAGAGAGAAAGAGACUAGAGACUUGAAGAAGAAGAAGAUUGUGAUUCUCAUUCUUCUUCAAUGGAAGCUAAAUCAUCUCCAGACCUGGAAUCAAUCGGGUCUGGUACAACCACAAAGCGAUCAAGCGUCUCAUCAGGAAGCAAAUCUCGUAUAAAACGAGACUUCCUCACCAGGUUCACCAACAGUGACCAUUUCACUAUCAAGCUCCAAGAUUGGUUUGAUUCAGUAUCAGAAAACCAUGAUAAACCGGUCUUUGAACCUCCUUUUGAGCUAGUUGAGCUGCAAAAAUUCGACUACGCAUUAGAAGGAGUCUCCUUUCAGCAGCUAACUCGAAUGCCAAACGCUGUCUACGCAUCAACUUCCACUUCCGUGGAAGCCAAUGCUUAUCUAGCAGUGGAAGACUUCCUCCACGCGACGGUUAAGAGCCUCUGGGAGGCGUUUUGGAGUAGUCAGGAGGAGGAGGAAGAAGAGCCGGUUCCUUUCUCUGUUAAGUGUUUGUUUAGUGAGAAUCUGAAGUUUUAUCAGACUGAGAAGGCUUUAGCUCUUGGGAAGCUUGAUGGUCUUUCAGGAACUGGUGUGUUGCUGAAGAAUCCGCGGCAUCCUCAUGGGAAGUGGGAUCAUGUUCUUGAACUUGCUCUUCUAAGACCUGAAGUUGGAAGUCAUCAGCCUUCGUUACCUGUCUUAGGAGAAGCUCUUUUCUAUGCUCUCCGUGUACUUAUCUCAAGAAGUGUGAGCCGGUUGGAUUUUUCUCAAAGCUCAAACUGUGUUUACAUUCUUCUCGUUGAUUUGCAAUAUGGGGGAGUUGUUAAGGUCGAAGGGGAUGUGAAUAAGCUUGAUUUCGAUGUUAAUAAUGUUUAUGACUGCGCUGCGGAGUGGGUUAAGAACCAUUCAAAGAUCUCUGUGUCUCCCAUUGAUAGGAUAUGGAACAAGCUUGGGAAUGCUAACUGGAGAGACAUUGGUGCUUUGCAAUUAGUUUUCGCUACUUACCAUAGUAUAAUGCAGUACUUUGGACCACCUAGGCAGUCCAUUGAAGACUUAGCUGCUGACCAUAGCUCUCGUGUUCACUCUAGACGACAGGAGAGGCAGUUAGGGGAUACUGGUCUUAGUGAGAAUGGUGUGUUUAGGCUCCAGCAAAGAACCAUGUCUCCUGAAAUCGUCGAAGUGCAAGAAGAAUCGAGUAAAGUUAAGUCUGAAGCGUUGAUGAAACUUGAAGUUGGAUCGGUACUUUGGUUGGAGGAUUCAAACUAUCAAAAAGGAUAUCAGAUUAACCAAGUGUUGACUAACGGUACACUUCCUUAUCAUAUCGCAUCACCAGUGGAUGAAGCAGGGAAGUCUGUGUUUCUUUACGUUGGCUCUCCUCCUUCACAGCUUGAGCCAGCUUGGGAAGACAUGAACUUAUGGUAUCAGGUGCAGAGACAAACUAAAAUAGUAAGUACUAUGAAACAGAGAGGACUCUCUAGCAAAUACUUGCCGCAGCUCCAUGGUUCUGGUCGGAUUAUUCACCCGGGACAAUGUCAAAAACCAAGCUCAGGUGGACGGUGUGACCAUCCUUGGUGCGGAACUCCCAUUCUUGUGACCACUCCCGUUGGUGAGACGGUAUCUGAUAUGGUAAACGAGGGUCGGUUUGGUUCAGAAGAAGCCAUUAGAUGUUGCCAUGAUUGCUUAUCUGCACUUUCAUCCUCCUCUUCAGCUGGAAUCCGCCACGGUGACAUCCGACCAGAGAACAUAGUCUAUGUCACUUCAGGUGUAAAACAUCCUUACUUUGUAUUAAUAGGUUGGGGUCAUGCUGUGCUUGAGGAUAGAGAUAGACCUGCAAUGAAUCUUCACUUCUCUUCUACCUACGCACUCCAGGAAGGGAAGCUUUGUGCUGCCUCAGAUGCAGAGAGUUUGAUAUACAUGCUUUACUUCUGUUUUGGAGACUUGCCUGAAUUGGAUUCAGUUGAAGGAGCUCUUCAGUGGAGAGAGACGUCUUGGUCUAAAAGGUUGAUUCAGCAGAAGCUAGGUGAUGUCUCGACUAUUUUGAAAGCUUUUUCUGACUAUGUUGAUAGUCUAUGUGGGACACCGUAUCCGUUGGACUAUGGGAUAUGGUUGAGAAGAUUGAAGAGGAAUCUUUCUGAAGAUCACGGAAAAGAAAUUGAAACUUCAGGCUAAGCUCUUAUUCAAGAGGUCCUUCUUAUGUAAUUCGGUUUCUUUUGAACAUUCUUUCAGGUGCUCUCUGCUUUAACCUGUCCGAGACUGGAAAGCUUCACGUUGAGACGUAUCCUUGAGUUUUGCCAAGUCUGAAUAGUUUGGAUCUUGGUCUGUUCUUGUACAUGAUCUCUGAAAUGGAUUAGAUUCUUGUGUUUACCUUAGCUGUCAGUGUUCUGUUCCUUCUCGUGAUUUUAUUAUUAUUAUUGUAACUGAGUAUUGUAAAGAAGAGAUAUUUUGUUCCAAUUUUGUGAUUUCUUAACCUAAAUUCAACCAUGAUUCUGUUUCGGCG